CGCGAACCAAGAACUCUCCCCCUUUGAAAUUUAAUGGAAGAUGAUUGCCUGAGCAAGAGGUAUAGAGGAGCACGCCAGCCAGGGAAUCAUUUCCCUAUGACCUUACAUAAUACAUUGUGUAAUUAGCCUGCGACACUGCCAAUUCUCGAAACCAUCUUCGGGAGUCCGGGACUACAUGUAUGAAAAAAAAAAAAAAAAUUGCAUUUAGCGGUGAUCCUAUAGGAAAAUCAGGGUUAGGGUUUUUUAAAUCGAUAGGAUCAAUUCUGAUUGAUUUCAAAUUCAAUUCAAUCCAAUGCCGAUCAGAAUCGGCCAGAUCGGAUCGAAUUCUGUACGAAAUUAGGGUAAGGGUUUUUCCUAACAGAUCCCUACCGAUUUUGGAUCGAUUCUGAUUGAUUUCAAUUCAAUCCUGUCCCGAUCAGAAUCGGCCAGGACCGAUUUGGUCCCAAUUCCGAUCGACAGAGAUCUAGCCAACCCCAUGUCGGUGGAACGAUCUAGGAGAUCUGCGCGUCGCUGGAGUCUCUAUCGUUGCCUCUUUGUGACACGUGCAUUGUGACGAGCAGCUUCUCUUCGAAGCUACAAAAGUUCAACUCGCUGGGUAAGGGUUAAGAUUCACAAAUCUGAAAGCACCCCAAUGGCGCCAAAAUCAAGAAAGAAGAAGGAGCUCCCUCGUUCUCCAGAGCAACCGGGAAUGUUUGAGGGAAUGGUAGUCUUCUUGGUUGUAAACGAAGUACAGCCACGCAGAUUACAGAUAUGGAAACAGAAGCUGGUGCAGAUGGGAGCUACCAUUGAGGAUCGCCUUUUAAAGAGGGUUACUCAUAUUUUUGCUAUGAACUCCAGAGCCCUUCUAAAGCAAGUGGAUCGGGAUUGGUUGACGUGCUUUAGAGGGAGUUUACUCCUUUACCAGUGGUUGGAGGAAAGCUUGAGAUUAGGAGAAAAAGUGCCUGAGGAUUCCUACAGUCUAAAACUGGAUUCUGAAGGGGGGGAGGAGGAAAAAUAUUUAGAGGCAAUCUCAUCUGAAUCAGUGAAUGACAACAAUUUGGGUGGUGGUAAACCUUCCCCUUGCAAAAAGGUCAGAUUGGCUCCUGGGGAUUCAAAUGUUGCAAGUCUAGUGAGUGGGGAAGAUAAUAGAAAAGUUCCUGGAGAUGAGGCACCAAAUACUACUGGAGGUUCCGAUGACUCCACUCAUUAUACAUCAAGUCCAGAAAAUUGUAGUCAAUAUAUUCCUGAUGCUUCAAAUAGGAAUAUUAGUUCUUCAGAGUUAUCCCUGGACUAUAGUCCGCCUGAUUUAAAUAGGAAUAUAACUGAGAUAUUUGGAAAACUUGUCAACAUAUACAGAGCCCUAGGUGAUGACAGGAGGUCGUUUAGUUAUUACAAAGCCAUUCCAGUGAUUGAGAAGUUGCCUUUCAAGAUUGAAAGUGUUGACCAGGUCAAACACCUGCCCUCGAUUGGGAAGUCAAUGCAGGACCAUAUUCAUGAGAUAGUGACUACUGGCAAGUUGUCGAAGUUGGAGCACUUUGAGACGGAUGAAAAGGUGCGGACAAUCUCUCUCUUUGGGGAAGUUUGGGGUGUUGGUCCAGCUACUGCUCUGAAACUCUAUGAGAAAGGACACCGCUCACUGGAUGAUCUGAAGAAUGAGGAUACCUUAACAAAUGGACAGAAGAUAGGGUUGAAAUAUUUUGACGAUAUCAAGACGAGAGUUCCACGCCAUGAGGUUCAAGAAAUGGAUUUGCUUUUACAGAAAGCUGGAGAAGAUGUAUUGCCCGGGGUAGUUGUUGUAUGUGGAGGAUCAUACAGACGUGGAAAGGCUACAUGUGGUGAUCUAGACAUUGUAAUUACACAUCCCGAUGGAAAAAGUCAUAAAGGAUUUUUAAGAAAAUAUGUGAAGCAUCUGAAAGAUAUUGGAUUUUUAAGGGAGGAUUUGAUCUUUGGCAUUCACAGUGAGGAGGAUACUGAUUCAGGGGUUGACACAUACUUUGGUCUUUGUACAUAUCCUGGUCGAGAACAACGACAUCGGAUUGACCUCAAGGUGUAUCCAAGGGAUAUAUAUGCAUUUGGAUUAAUAGCAUGGACAGGAAAUGAUGUACUCAAUAGGAGGUUAAGGUUAAUUGCAGAUUCAAAAGGCUACCGGCUUGAUGAUACAGGGCUCUUUCUGGCCACUCAGGGUUCUGGAGGGAAACGGGGUGCAAGAUCUAGCAUGAGUUUGAGCUUUAAAACAGAAAAGGAAGUGUUUGAUUUCUUGGGAUUUCCUUGGCUUGAACCUCAUGAAAGGAAUUUGUAAAUGGUCUUGAAUAAUAUAUUUUGUAUGUGUAUAGGCGUCCUUGUAAAGUUCUACCGAAGAGUAGAAAAAAAAACCUGGUCUUUGUUGCAGAGUCGUAGACACAACCCUUGUUUUGUUGCUGACAUUUGGGCCUUUGGCUCAUCAAUACUCAAUUGUCCACACAAUCCUUUCUCUUUUGAAA